AUGUCAAGCGACGAGCCAGAGAAAAUACCCCAGCUCGAGUACUUCCAGCGCCUCAAACAGCUUCAGGGCAUGGGGUUCAGCAACGACGACGCCGCUGAUGCUCUCCAUGAAGCCAACUUCGACAUGGAGCUGGCUGUCCAGUAUCUGACCGAGGUAUGCCCCCCCCCCCCCACACCUUUGGCAUGCAGCGGUUGGGCACCAGACUCAUUGGGACUUCAGGGCAACCCGGUUUCGCACGGAUUUUGGCAAGGGAACGGCGGCUGCUGA